ACUUUUGGACAUUGAACAGAUUCAUUUCCAUUUUCCACACAGAGCCAACCCUACUCCCUCCCUCUCUCUCUCUCUCUCUCUCUCUCUCUCUCUCUCUGUGUGUGUGACCGUUUUGGUGUCGAUUGGGUGGCAGUCGCGGUAAAUACUGGGCGUUUCGGAGAGUUGUUCUCGUAAAAACCAUGUUUUUGGUCGACUGGUUCUACGGCGUUCUUGCGUCGCUUGGGUUGUGGCAAAAGGAGGCCAAGAUCUUGUUCUUAGGUCUCGAUAAUGCCGGCAAAACGACGUUGCUUCAUAUGCUUAAAGAUGAGAGAUUAGUUCAACACCAGCCAACGCAGUACCCAACAUCAGAGGAGUUGAGUAUUGGGAAAAUAAAGUUCAAGGCUUUUGAUUUGGGAGGACAUCAGAUAGCUCGUAGAGUUUGGAAAGAUUACUACGCUAAGGUGGAUGCGGUUGUCUACUUGGUGGAUGCUUACGACAAGGAAAGAUUUGCCGAGUCUAAGAAAGAGCUGGAUGCUCUCCUCUCUGAUGAGGCAUUGGCAAAUGUUCCAUUCCUUAUUCUUGGCAAUAAGAUUGAUAUUCCAUACGCUGCCUCAGAGGAUGAGUUGCGUUUUCAUCUUGGCCUAAGCAACUUCACCACAGGCAAGGGUAAGGUGAACCUGGCAGACUCGAAUGUCCGUCCCCUUGAGGUUUUCAUGUGUAGUAUUGUCCGGAAAAUGGGUUAUGGAGAUGGUUUCAAAUGGCUUUCUCAGUACAUUAACUAGUAGGCCCUAGAAGUGAGGGUUAGCCAUCUUAUUUCUAUAUGUUAUUUCUAUAUGUCAGUUCGAAAGUUACUGUUGGAGAUA